GUAAGCUUAGAGCUUAUCAUUGGUGCUUUCGUUGUUUGAGUAAGCGAUGGCUUUUGCUAAUCCAAAGCGUGUCGCCACCGAUUCUCGUGAAGAAUCAUCAAAACUCAGCUCAAACCCGAACGAGACUCCUCCACCAGCUCCGUCGCUGGAUUCUCGUGUGAAGAAUGUCGAAAAGGAGCUGCUUUAUGUUCGUGAAGCGCUGAACCAGAUCUUAAGGAACCAGAUCUAUGGACCAGUCGAGAUGGCUGAGAUUCCACUCUAUUAUCGAGGUAGUUCAGCGGUUGAUCAUCUGUUGAACAUCAGACAUGUGAGCAGUGUUGAUGAGUAUCGUGACAGGUUUGAGGAGCUAACAGUGGAGCUGCCUCAUGUCGCUUUUGACAUUCUGGAAUCUGCGUUCCUCCAUGGCUUGCAAAGAAGCCUCAAGGAUCAGGUCGUGAGAUGUCGACCGGUGAAUCUCACUGACAUAGUGGAGAUAGCAAGGCUUAUCGAGUCUCAAAUAUGAGACAUUCAUAGCUAUCAAGUAAGGGCUCAGCCUAGACCUUCCUUGCC